AUGAAUAAUUUAUAUAAACACGCAUUAAAACAAAACCAAAGUAUAACGCAGGAUUUAGAGAAAUUUGAAAAUGGCGAAGAUUCUUCUGUUGGCUUACAAGGACAAAUAUCUGCAAGUCUCAUUGCUUUAAAACGAACAAUUGAUGAUUAUGAUAAUCUGGCUAAAAGAGAAAUGAUUCUUGUUAAGCAAGAAAAAGCUUUUUCUAAUGUAAGUAAAUUAAGAGAUGAUUACAAUGAAUUCAAAAAGCUAUUUGAACGGCUAAAACAACGUGAAACUAAUAAGGUUGUUCAAAAUGAUAGAUCAGAAUUGUUAGGACGAAGACACAAUACAUCUACACCAGAAUAUCCUUUUCAACAACAUGAAUUUUCGGUCGAACAACAUGCAUUACGAGAACAUAAUUUUAUAAAUGAGACGGAUUCAAAACUUGACGAAUUUAUAGCACAUGGAAGAGAAGUGCUUCACAAUAUAUAUGAUCAAAAUAAUACUCUGAAG